AUGCGAUCAGGCAGUGCGCUGACCGGCCCGGCCGGUCGGCCCCUUCUGGGUCCUCCCUUUGCAGCCCUGGCGAUGGAUGAUGAGGAUGGGAGAUGCUUACUAGACGUGAUUUGUGACCCUCAGGCUCUCAACGACUUCUUACAUGGAUCCGAGAAGCUCGACAGUGAUGACCUCCUGGAUAAUCCCGGGGAGGCCCAAAGUGCCUUCUAUGAAGGUCCUGGGCUCCACGUGCAAGAAGCCUCUGGCAACCACUUGAACCCGGAGCCCAGCCAGCCGGCCCCCAGUGUGGACCUCGACUUCCUGGAAGAUGACAUCCUGGACUCGCCCGCAGCCGGGGGCGGCGGCGGGGGUGCUGGGGGUGCCGACCAGCCCUGCGACAUCCUCCAGCAGAGCCUGCAGGAGGCCAAUAUCACCGAGCAGACACUCGAGGCUGAGGCCGAGCUGGACCUGGGCCCCUUCCAGCUGCCCACCCUGCAGCCUGCGGACGGCGGGGCUGGCCCAGCGGGGGCCGGAGGGGCUGCUGCCGUGGCCACGGGACCCCAGGCGCUCUUCUCUGGGGGCGCCGACCUGCUGGGGCUGCAGGCCCCGCCCACCGUGCUGACCCACCAGGCCCUGGUGCCACCCCAGGACGUGGUCAGCAAAGCCUUGAGCGUCCAGCCCUUCCUGCAGCCUGUGGGCCUGGGCAACGUGACACUGCAGCCCAUCCCGGGCCUCCAGGGCCUGCCCAACGGCAGCCCUGGGGGUGCCGCAGCAGCCACACUCGGCUUGGCCCCCAUCCAGGUGGUGGGCCAGCCCGUCAUGGCACUCAACCCACCCACCUCCCAGCUCCUGGCCAAGCAGGUGCCCGUCAGCGGCUACCUGGCCUCAGCGGCCGGCCCUUCGGAGCCAGUGACCCUGGCAUCGGCUGGCGUCUCACCCCAGGGGGCCGGCCUGGUCCUGCAGAAGAACCUCCCCGCCGCAGUGGCCUCCACACUCAAUGGGAACUCAGUGUUCGGAGGGGCGGGAGCCGCCCCGGCGGCAGCCAGCGGGACGCCCUCAGGACAGCAGCUGGCGGUGGCCCCCGGCCUGGGCACAUCGCCGCUGGUUCAAGCGCCGAACGUCAUUCUGCACCGCACGCCCACGCCCAUCCAGCCCAAGCCUGCUGGUGUGCUGCCCCCCAAGCUCUACCAGCUGACCCCCAAGCCGUUCGCCCCCGCGGGCGCCACACUCACCAUCCAGGGCGAGGCCGGGGGCCUCCCACAGCAGCCCAAGGCCCCCCAGAACCUGACUUUCAUGGCGGCGGGCAAGGCUGGCCAGAACGUGGUGCUGUCGGGCUUCCCAGCGCCCGCCCUGCAGGCCAAUGUCUUCAAGCCGCCUCCAGCCACCACUACGGGGGCGGCCCCCCCGCAGCCCCCCGGGACCCUGAGCAAGCCCAUGAGCGUGCACCUCCUGAACCAAGGCAGCAGCAUCGUCAUCCCCGCCCAGCACAUGCUGCCGGGCCAGAACCAGUUCCUGCUGCCCGGCACGUCGGCGGUCCAGCUCCCCCAGCCGCUCUCGGCCCUGCCCGCCAAUGUAGGCGGGCAGAUCCUGGCGGCCGCGGCCCCCCAUGCGGGCGGACAGCUCAUCGCCAACCCCAUCCUCACCAACCAGAACCUGGCGGGUCCUCUGAGCCUGGGCCCUGUGCUGGCCCCCCACUCAGGGGCCCACAGCGCCGCCCACAUCCUCUCGGCCGCCCCCAUCCAGGUGGGCCAGCCGGCGCUCUUCCAGAUGCCCGUGUCGCUGGCCGCCGGCAGCCUGCCCACUCAGAGCCAGCCGGCCGCCGCUGGGCCGGCCGCCACCACCGUCCUCCAGGGGGUCACCCUGCCCCCCAGUGCCGUGGCCAUGCUCAACACCCCUGACGGUCUGGUGCAGCCCGCCACCCCCGCUGCUGGUGGGGAGGCCGCGCCUGUCCUCACGGUGCAGACGGCACCCCAGGCGCCCCCCGCCGUCAGCACCCCACUGUCUCUGGGCCUCCAGCAGCCGCUGCCGCAGCAGCAGCCACAACCACCACCACCACAGGCCCCCACCCCGCAGGCAGCCGCCCCAGCUCAGGCCCCCACCCCGCAGCCCAGCCCAGGCCUGGCGUCCAGCCCGGAGAAGAUUGUCCUGGGGCAGCCGCCCUCUGCCGCCCCCACAGCCGUCCUCACUCAGGACUCCCUGCAGAUGUUUCUGCCCCAGGAGAGGAGCCAGCAGCCCCUCUCCACAGAGGGCCCCCACCUCUCCGUGCCCGCCUCGGUCAUAGUCAGCGCCCCGCCUCCCGCCCAAGACCCAGCCCCGACCACCCCCGUCGCCAAAGGAGCUGGCCUUGGCCCUCAGGCCCCCGACAGCCAGACCUCCCCGGCGCCGGCCCCCCAGAUCCCUGCAGCGGCUCAGCUGAAGGGCCCCGGCCCCUCCUCCUCCCCGUCACUACCUCACCAGGCCCCCCUGGGGGACAGCCCCCACCUGCCGUCCCCUCACCCGGCCCGGCCCCCGUCCCGACCCCCAUCCCGCCCGCACUCCCGCCCCCCCUCCCAGCCGCAGAGCUUGUCCCGCCCCCCCUCAGAGCCCACCCUGCACCCUUGCCCUCCGCCCCAGGGCCCCCCCACCCUGCCUGGCAUCUUUGUCAUCCAGAACCAGCUGGGCGGUGCCCCCCCUGCAAGCACCCCGGCCCCCACCGCCCCGGGCCCGCCCCAGCCUCCCCUGCGACCCCCGUCCCAGCCCCUGGAGGGGCCACUGGUCCCCGCCCCCCACCUCCCUCCGGCCUCCACCUCCACUGUCGGGGCCGUCUCCUCCGCCGCCUCCUCUGAGACGUCCUCCCGGCUGCCAGCCCCAACGCCGCCCGACUUCCAGCUGCAGUACCCGCCCAGCCAGGGGCCCCACAAGUCCCCCACGCCCCCUCCGACCCUUCACCUGGUCCCCGAGCCCGCAGCGCCCCCCCCACCGCCUCCUCGGACCUUCCAGAUGGUGACCACCCCCUUUCCGGCGCUACCCCAGCCGAAGGCUCUUCUCGAGAGAUUUCACCAGGUGCCGUCCGGGAUCAUUCUCCAGAGCAAGGCCGUGGGGGCCCCCACCGCCCCACAGUCCUCCACCAGCCUGGGACCCCUCGCCAGCCCCACUGCCUCCGUGCUGGUCAGUGGGCAGGCUCCAUCCGGGACCCCCACCACCCCCAGCCAUCCCCCCGCCCCAGCGCCCAUGGCCACUGCAGGCCUGCCUCCUCUGCUUCCUGCCGAGAACAAAGCCUUUGCCAGCAACCUCCCGACCCUGACCGUGGCCAAGGCCGCCCCUUCUGGGCCAGGGAAGUCCUCCGGGCUGCAGUAUGAGAGCAAGUUGGGUGGAUUGAAGAAACCACCCGCGCUUCAGCCCAGCAAAGAAGCCUGCUUCCUGGAACAUUUGCACAAACAUCAGGGCUCUGUCCUGCACCCUGACUACAAGACGGCCUUCCCCUCCUUCGAGGACGCCCUGCACCGCCUCCUGCCCUACCAUGUCUACCAGGGUGCCCUCCCCUCCCCCAACGACUACCACAAAGUGGACGAGGAGUUUGAGACCGUCUCCACGCAGCUGCUGAAACGUACCCAGGCCAUGCUCAAUAAAUACCGCCUCCUGCUGCUGGAGGAGUCCCGGAGGGUGAGCCCCUCCGCGGAGAUGGUAAUGAUCGACCGAAUGUUCAUUCAAGAGGAAAAGACCACGCUGGCCUUGGACAAGCAGCUGGCCAAGGAAAAGCCAGAUGAGUACGUGUCUUCCUCCCGCUCUCUUGGCCUCCCCGUCGCCGCUUCUUCCGAGGGACACCGGCUGCCCGGCCACGGCCCGUCCCCAUCCUCGGCGUCCGGGGCCCCAGCCCAGCCCCCUCUGCACCUGCCCACCAAGCUGGUGAUACGGCACGGCGGCGCGGGCGGCUCCCCCUCCGUGACCUGGGCCCGGGCCUCGUCGUCCUCCCUGUCUUCCUCCUCCUCGUCCUCCGCCGCCUCCUCCCUGGACGCCGACGAGGACGGCCCCAUGCCCUCCCGCAACCGGCCGCCCAUCAAGACCUACGAGGCCCGGAGCCGCAUCGGGCUCAAGCUCAAGAUCAAACAGGAAGCCGGGCUCAGCAAGGUCGUCCACAACACGGCCUUGGACCCGGUGCACCAAACGCCGCCACCGCCCCCCACCUCCCUCAAGGCGGCCGAGCCCCCGCCCCGGCCCCCGCCGCCGCCCCCGGCCCCUGGCCAGAUGAACGGUACGGUGGACCACCCGCCACCGCCGCCGGCCGCCACUGACCGCAAGCCACCGCCACCGGCCCCACACUGCCCCCGCCUGCCCCUCCGCAAGACCUACCGCGAGAACGUGGAGGCCCCAAGUGUUGGGGUGACUGAGGGGGCAGCAGCGGCAGCGGCCGUGGGCAGAACCCGGGGUGGCAGCCCAGUCCCGCUGCCCACCAAAGUGGACGAGGCCACCAGCGGGCUCAUCCGCGAGCUGGCGGCGGUGGAGGACGAGCUGUACCAGCGGAUGUUGAAGGCCGGGCCGGCCGAGCCUGCGGCGGGCACCGGGCAGGGUAGCGGCAGCCGGGAGCCCGGCUGGGAGGCGCCCCCGCUGCCCCCCGCCAAGCGGCGCAAGUCCGAGUCGCCCGAUGUGGACCAGGCCAGCUUCUCCAGCGACAGCCCGCAGGACGACACGCUCACGGAACACCUGCAGAGCGCCAUCGACAGCAUCUUGAACCUCCAACAGGCCCCCGGCCGGACGCCCGCACCCCCGUACCCCCACGCCGCCCCGGCGGCAGUCACGCCCACCUCCCCGACGCCCCUGCACAGGCCGGAGGCCUACCCGCCCUCCAGUCACAACGGUGGCCUCGGUACCAGGACGUUGAACAGAUAA